GGCAACAAAAAGGAUAAAAGUGCGUGCAAACUGUUAACACGGCACCUGUUUUUAAUACAGCAGCCUAAAAUAUAUAAUUCAUUUUUGUAUUAAGGCGGCAUAUGAUUUCAUAUGCUUUGCUAAAUGCGUUUAUUAACAUUUUUGUUGCAAAAAGAAGCGAAACGCCACAAACUGCUGCUACGUCACAUUCACGCGUCGGUGUUUUUGUUGAAGUCGGUAAAUCUGCGGUUAUCAUGGUGGUGUUUCCAAGUUCUUUGACGGAGGAAGAAGAGGCCCUGCAAAAGAAAUAUGCUAAACUCAAGAAAAAGAAAAAGGCACUGCUCGCCCUGAAGAAGCAGAGUUCAACUAACCAGACAAACCAGAGUGGACUGAAACGAACAUUGUCAGACCAGCCUGUCGUUGACACUGCAACAGCGACAGAGCAAGCAAAGAUGCUGAUCAAGUCGGGCGCCAUCAGUGCCAUCAAAUCAGAGAACAAGAACUCGGGCUUUAAACGCUCUCGAAUGCUGGAGAUCAAACUCAAGGACCCUGAGAAAGGCCCAGUUCCUGCUUUCUUACCAUUCCAAAGGAGUGUCUCUACAGAUGAGGAGCAACCUGAGUCUGCAAAGAGAGCCCACAGGAAAUCUCUGUAUGAGAGCUUCGUCAGUUCACGUGACCGAUACCGGGACGAGGACGAUGGAGGCGGCAUGUCAUCCAGCCGUGAGAUGGACAGGGACAGAGAGAGAGACCGUGACCGAGAGCUGGACAGAGAGCGGGAGAGAGACAGAGAGAGAGACCGGGACAGGGAGAGAGAAAGAUGCAGGGACAGAGACAGAGACCAGGACCGUGAAAGAGACAGAGAACGAAGCAGAGAAAGGGAACGAGACCGCAACAUGGACAGGGAGAGAGAACGAGAUGGACCGUUCAGACGGUCAGAUUCUUACCCAGAGCGAAGAGGGGUCCGGAAGGGGAAUACAGUGUAUGUUUACGGGUCUGGGCUUGUUGAGGACAGCCUGCGCUCUGCUUUCGCUCAGCAUGGCAACAUCAUCGACCUCUCCAUGGACAACCCCCGCAAUUGUGCAUUCAUCACAUUUGAGAAGAUGGAGUCUGCAGACCAGGCUGUGGCUGAGUUGAAUGGAAGCACGGUGGGAGACAUUCACAUCAAAGUCAGCAUCGCCAGGAAGCAGCCUAUGCUGGAUGCUGCUACCGGCAAAUCUGUCUGGGCUUCUCUGGCUGUGCAGAACAGCACGAAAGGUUCCUACAGGGACAAGAGGAACCAAGUUGUGUACAGUGAAGAUUUCCUGCGAUGAAAACAAAAUGGACUAUUGUUUUUGUAUUUUGGCUUAUAGCUUUUCUUUUUUUUUUCUCUUUUAAUGACCUGUUAGGUUUGCUGAAGGUGUUCAUGUUUCAAGAUAAAUACAAAACUUUCUUGUUUUCUUUUGAAUACUAGAUCACUGUAUUUCACAUGACGACUGGUAUGUCAUGCUGUGUGUGGCAGCUUUGCUCAUAAAACUACAGAUCUUGUUCUGUGGAGCUCAAUAAAUAGUAUCCAUACGUUGUUA